CGCUAUCUCACAUGUCUCCUCCUUACGACUAACUGCCAUGUCCUACACUACUCUGGCUGUCUGUCUUGUUUUUUUCUUCGCGGGCUUUGCGCUCGCCGGGGAUACCGUCCGUCUGGGCUCGCUCAUCGACCAGUGUCAAUUUAUGGUCGAUGGGCACAGCUUUAAUCUGUGCCCACUCUUUCAAGAGAAGAAAGUGCGUUUCACAGGCUUCACGAAAGAAACGCCCCCUACUAUAACCUCGAGCUGGUAUUCGAUCUCGUUCGAUGGUUCAUUGCCAUACAACACCUCCAAAUCCGCGGACUAUCAGUGUCCUCCGGGGACAUGGAUCUGCAUGACUGCCUGGAAUAGGCACAAGAACCAAUCCUGGAGGGAGGGUCGCCUCCUCAACACGAUUCCAGUCGCCGGUGCGAUGUCUACCGACAACAAUCCUAUUAUCAAGGACGGCGAGUAUAAACCUGGCGUGGAGGUUACUGCGCGCAUGGUGCCCUCGUGGGUUGGAGGAAGCGGAGGCAGAGAUGUGCUGUCUAUCAGCCUACACGGUGGAUACUACGUCGAUGCGCCUCAAUUCGCGGCAUUCCACUUCGUCUGCACGGCGGAGCAUGAAAAUUCAAAGCCUGAGCAUGCUCACACGCACGACGGAAGCCACUACUUUGCAUGGAAGACCCCUCACGCUUGCCACUCACGCCAGGCGGUACCACCCCCCGGGUCUCCUGCCGGCGAGCAGGACCUUGCGCCGCCAUCUUGGAGUGAUCGCUCCAGCGCUGGUUACUGGACACUGCUACUAACCUCUGCGGGUGCCGUUGGUAUUAUCGCGUAUCUGAUCUACGCCCCACCGCGUCCUUUGCGCAGGCGCGUGCAACAGUAUCUGAAGGCCCAUCCAGCGUUGCUGCGCUUUCGCGUAGGCGAGGGUGUAUUGGUGCGCUGGGCGCACGAGGACGUGCUCCUUGAGGACCUCGACGACGAGGCGACGGUUGUGCACGGAGACGAUGUGCACUUCGCCGAUGAGGAAGAACAGAUCCCGCUCAAGCCGUCUCCUCACAGGGCGCGCAGCGGGUACAUCACCUACGGAAGUACCACCAAGUGACAUUUGACACUCUGGACCUGGUACGGACCAUCUACGACACAUGUACGAUCACAUGCACAAGCUAUCUUUCGUAUUCUUUAUUCGGAUGUAGAUCUAGUUCCCCUCUGUGUUGUAGAAUUACUUGCUUGUUCUGUUUCGCGAGCAGUGUAUGGCUAAUGUAAAACCAAGGAAUUCGGUUAUAAGUCAAGUUGCUGGACCCAGCCUGGAAUGCAGUCACAACUUGCUCAAAUCAGGCUCGA